AUGGCCAACCUUCAGGACCUCCCACAGGAGCUCCUGCAGGAGAUUCUGUCUUUCAUCGCCGACCCCUAUGGGUGGUUAGAAGACGACUUCGAUCUGGAUAAUGGUGAUGGGACUGAUGAUCUAUGCAAUAUCUGCCUAGUCUCGCGGAAUUUCCGCGAGUUAGCUCAACCUCUCCUCUUCCGUAACUUUAUGGAUAAGGAUGAGGAUCGCGAUUGCGACAAAACCAUCUGUUUCACCAAGGCAAUCUAUGCACGUCCUGACCUUGGAGAGCAUGUGCGGUAUAUCAGUAUCGCGCCUCUCGCAGACGAAUAUUUCGAUUCACAUAUGUGCAUUGAGCAACGCCACAUCAAGUUUUACGAAGGCGUCAUCAAGGACCUUCAAUUGGGCGAUGUGGAGAAAGACUGGAUUCGGGCCAUGAACAACAAUCAUCUUGGCCUCUUCAUAGCCUUGUUGGUCAACAAAACGCCCAAUCUUCGUUCCCUGCAUAUGCCCGUGGGUGGGACCGAUUUCGAGCCAUUUCCAGUUUUCUUCAGGCGAGAUCCAUCAUUUUUGUCCAACCUCACGACGGUAGGCAUUGAAUCCGCCGACAGGGAAAUGGGCUUUCCCAUGCAACAUCACCAGGAGCUUCUGUCUCUUCCCAAGCUGAAAAAAAACGAUUCUUACUCGCGGUAUUUUGCUCGAUAG